AUGCAGCGCAAAAACUAUCAGCUCAAACUCUCCCCCAACCAGCGCGACUUGUACAAACGCAGGGCCGAGUCACAAUUGCGGACGCCAAGCCGCUUCAACCACAAUGCUAAUCAAUUACUAGAAGAAGGUGCUCGAGUCUCACCGUACUUCAGCAAACAGGGCCAUCAACAUGCUGGGAACUAUCCUCCUGAGACACAACGGCUUUCCCAUGACAAUGCCUUGGAGCUUGAUGCGUUUGUGAUUGUACAAUUAGAUCUCGAAUUGUUAGCGCAGUCUAAUGGACAGACACAGGGCAUUUCUCGUCCCAGUUCACGGACUGAUCAUUACUCAGCUCUGAAUCAUCUACAGCCGGUAUCACCUCACGAUGCAGGGUCUAGCUCCUCAGGCGUGGGGAUAGGCACACCUUCCAGCCCCUUGAUUAGACUUCAAGCCCCAAGAGGAUCCGUGGCCCAUUUCGGACAGCAUCCAAGAGACGCUCGCGUUGAUAGUGAAUCGCCAUACCAUGCUAGCCCUAAUGCGGAUCGAUUGUUAUCUUCCUUCACUACUUCUUCUGAGCUUUCAGUGCAACUGCUGCCAGGUCAGAGCGCUAGUUCCCACCGCUUCCCAGCGUCUGUCCGGGGCAUUGUCCUUGUAUCGGUGCAUGAGCUUCCUGAUAAUUACCGCUCGAUAUUCCAUUUCCCUGUCUUUAACGCAGUCCAGUCCAAGUGCUUCCAGGCGGUCUACCGAAGCGACCACAACAUCGUCCUUUCAGCCCCAACAGGAAGCGGGAAGACCGUCAUCAUGGAGCUUGCGAUAUGCCGUUUGCUCAAAACCCUUAAGGACGAAAGAUUCAAGGUGGUUUACCAAGCGCCGACAAAGUCCCUGUGCUCGGAGAGAUUUCGGGAUUGGAAUGGGAAGUUCCAUACCUUGGGGCUACAGUGUGCUGAGCUGACGGGCGAUACCGAUUAUACACAGCUGAGAACCGUACAAAACAGCCAGAUUAUCAUAACCACUCCGGAGAAGUGGGACAGCAUGACCCGAAAGUGGAAAGAUCAUGCACGCUUGAUGCAGCUCGUCAAGCUGUUCCUCAUCGACGAGGUCCAUAUUCUCAAAGAAGCCAGAGGCGCAACACUCGAGGCCGUCGUAUCUCGUAUGAAGACUAAUGGCUCGAACGUACGGUUCAUCGCCUUGAGCGCCACUGUGCCCAACUCGGAGGACAUUGCGACUUGGCUGGGUCGCGACGCCACGAACCAGCAUGUGCCGGCGCGUAGAGAGUAUUUCGAUGAAAGCUUUCGGCCCGUAAGACUGCAGAAGUUCGUGUACGGCUACCGAUCACAAGGAAAUGACUUCGCAUUCGACAAGAUGUGCAACGCUAAACUUUCGGACGUUAUAGCCGCGCAUUCCUGUAAGAAGCCGAUCAUCGUCUUCUGCUGCACGAGGAACUCCGCCGUCUCGACGGCGAAGGAGCUUGCUAGGUUGUGGUCAACGUCCAACCCUCCUGCCAGACUAUGGAAGGGCGCGAGCAGACCUUUGGAGGCACAGAAUGCAGACUUGAAGAACACCUUGAGUGCUGGCGUCUCUUUUCAUCAUGCUGGUCUUGACCUGAAUGACCGGCGUACCGUUGAAACUGGGUUCCUUGAAGGACACAUUAGCAUCAUAUGCUGCACCUCUACUCUCGCAGUCGGGGUCAACCUCCCCUGCCAUCUUGUCGUCAUCAAAGGCACCGUGGGCUGGCAAGAAGGUGGAUGCAAAGAAUAUUCUGACUUGGAAAUCAUGCAAAUGCUCGGUCGUGCGGGUCGACCACAGUUCGACGACAGCGCCACCGCCGUGAUCAUGACCAGGAAGGAACGCGAGACUCACUACGAGAAGCUUGUUUCAGGAUCUGAAAGUCUCGAGAGUUGCCUCCAUCUGAACCUCAUCGAUCAUCUGAACGCCGAAAUUGGACUAGGGAACGUGACGGACAUUGAUUCUGCAAUCAGAUGGCUGGGUGGGACCUUCCUGUUCGUGAGACUCAGACGGAAUCCAGCACACUACCAACUGAAAGAGAACGCGGAUAAAGAUGGGGAAGAAGAGCUGCUUCGACAGAUCUGCGAGAAGGAUAUCGCGUCACUACAGGAAUGUGGGCUUGUCACAGCUAACGGCCUUCGAUCCACCCGUUUCGGAGACGCAAUGGCUCGCUAUUAUGUGCGUUUCGAAACUAUGAAAACGCUGCUCACCUUGCAGCCACAGUCCACUGUGUCUCAGAUACUUUCCGUCCUCGCUCAAGCAGAAGAAUUUCGAGAGAUUCGUCUCAAAGCAGGGGAGAAACCACUGUACAAAGAGAUCAACCGUGCCAAUGGGAUACGGUUUCCCAUCAAGGUCGAUGUAGCGCUUUCAGCCCACAAGAUCUCGCUCCUGAUCCAAUCUGAAUUAAGUGCGGUGGACUUCCCAGAUGGCGAACCGUUUCAGAAGCACAAGUUUGCUUUCCAGCAGGACAAGAGCUUUGUCUUCAACCACAUCAACAGAUUAAUCCGGUGCAUCAUAGAUUGCCAGAUUUCUCUUGAAGACGCGGUAACCUUGCGGAACGCGCUAGAGCUGGCGAGGAGUUUUGGCGCCAAGGUCUGGGAUACCUCUCCGCUCCAGAUGAAGCAAAUCGAGCAGAUUGGAAUCGUUGCAGUCCGGAAAUUGGCCUCGGCUGACAUAACAAGCAUUGAAGCACUGGGGCAGUGCGAGCCGCACCGUAUUGAUAUGAUCUUGAGCAGGAAUUCUCCGUUUGGCAUGAAGGUGUUGGAGCGUGUUGCGAGCUUCCCCAGGCUUCGAGUUGCCAUCAAAUUGACUGGGAAGGAAGUUAAGCCAGGAGUACUUGUGCGAAUUCGUCUCAAGGCCGAAAUCGCAUUCAUGAACGGAAAGUGCCCUUCUUACUAUCUGAGACGCCCCGUGUACGUUUGCUUCUUGGCUGAGGUAUCAGACGGUCGUCUGCUCGAAUUUCGGCGCAUCAGUGCGAGUAAAAUGGCGAACGGCCAAGAAAUUCUGCUCAGUGCGGAGCUGAAGGACAAGGACCAAUUCGUUUCCUGCUAUGUCUCGUGUGACGAUAUUGCUGGGACGUUGAGAUCUGCGGUCUUAAAGCCCGAUCUUCCCACGACGGUAUUCUCUUCUCGUCCGAACGAAGAGCCAGGAACUGUUGCAGCCAAGCCCCAGAUGAAUAUUUCGCGCCGUCGUAGCAAUGAUGCAUCUCAAAGCAAGCAACCCAGUCCACAUAGUGUAAUCACUAUUGAUAGUGACGAGUCGUUGUUCGACGAGUUCCUGCAGGAAGAAGACCCCGACUGGUCAGCGCUGAGCACGUUGCCAGUGCUUUCGGAAGAUAAGACCAAGCAGACAGGCUCGAGUAAGAGCAAAAGCUACGAUAGCAAGGCUAAGGGCAGCGAAGUUGAGGAACUGGCACCAAUGGAGAAUGGUCGGUGGGCAUGCAAUCACCGAUGCAAGGACAAGACAAUUUGUAAGCAUUUUUGUUGCCGUGAUGGACUUGAUAAGCCGCCCAAAGCAAGUAAGAAACAGCCUUGCGCCCCCGAAAAGAAAAAGGGGCUCAGCCAAACAACCUUGUUGGCACAAACGAUGAAGAAAAAUGAACGGACUGCUAGAGACAAGAUCAGUGAUACGAGCUUGGGCGAGGCGACCAGAGAAUCCUCCUUUUCGACACAUCUUGAGUGGCAGGAAGCCUCAGAGCUUGCUCUGAAGGACAGACCGGAGCAACUUGACCUCGAUGAACAACCCAGUGACGUCUUGUCGGCUAGCUUGUCCAGACAUAAGCUUCGGAGAGAGCCCAGCGAAGACACCUUCAGUGACUUCCCUUCACCUUCUGCUUUGUUGCUUGGAGGUCAGACUGAUACCAAGAUCGAGAGCGGCGAACCUUGCAAGAAAGGUGGCAUGGUCGAGGAAACGCUAGACUUGAAAGAUAACUGGUCUGACGAGGAUAUAUGGCUUGCUGUUCAGUCACCGCUCGAGAGUCCAGCUCUCACACAGAAGAUUAAAGAGGAGAGCACACGGAUAACUCAUGGUCAUACAAUACACAUGGCUGAGCUGACACAAUCUAGCAGUGAGAAAGAGUUGUCCUCCAAACCAGCUUCCGAGAAGAAAAGAAAGCUGUCUUUGACAGAUGUUAGAAGCAUGAAAAGAAUCAAAUUGAACGGACAGAUCUUCGAUGGCGAGGGCAACAAGGAGAAUAGUCAGCCUGGAGAGUUUCAAGGAGCUUUGUCCGUUCAGGACACCGUUGUGCCCAAAGGCUGGGAAGACAUUGACCCUGCACUGCUGGAGGAGUUCAAAGAUAUAAUCAAUCUGCUCUAGGAGGAUUAGAGGAAGACUGCGACUUGCUACCAGAUGUUGAGUAGCUCCGGUGAUACCUUGUUCCUGCCGUCAUCCAGCCAUCGUGUGGUAGAUUACCGAAACUUCUUCGCUGCAGCCUGGAAGUUACCAGGCAGCUGGAAUUUGAUAUGAUGUCUCUUCACCAUCUGGAUAGCAGGCUUUCCUCUUUCGG